AUUACUGGGCUUGAUGUUAAGGCCAAAUAUGAUAAAGCUAGGGGCUGAGCUCAAGAGUAGAAUCGAAGAGUUAGAGAAGGGUAGAACAGAUACUGUUGCUGAAAAUGCAAGGUGUCAUAAUGCAAUUUCUAAGCUUAAGGCCAAAGUAGUGAAAUUAAGGGAUGACAAUGUGGAGGGCAAACAGUUCUGUUAUGGUCCAGCUUGA